CAAAUCGUCACGUCCGGAUCUUUUGUUCUUUCACGCGUCUGAAAAACAGCGCGUUUUUAACCAGCCCUGAAGAUGAUGGGAAGCAGCUUUCUGAGUGCGGAUAGAGCUCGCAGUCCUCCAGUGAAAGUGUUGUCCAGCCAGCUGCGUGAAGGGACAGAGUGCCAGACAGCAGGCGGAAGGUCCGAGUAUGUUAUCAGACGACUGGGCCCCGGUGAGCAGCGCUCGUUACAGGUGUCCGUGGUCUGGAUGCAGGGGACUGUGCUGGAAGUGCAGUCCGAUCACAACACCGUGCUCAUUCUGGACGAGACCGGGAACUUUGUAGUCAGCGGCAUUAACAGCGUGCCGAAAGGAAAACCCUGCCUGAGUGCCGGUAAAUAUGUCAUGGUUAUGGGUGUCAUCCAGUCACACAGUCCAGAGCCGGUGCUGCGUGCUGUGAAGAUGGCAGAUCUUUCUGAAAAUGCUGUGAUUCACAGGAAAAACUGGAUCUAUGAAGUAGAAGAUCUCCAGCAGAUUUUGCCCUAAAUCUUUGUUUGUUUCAUGAGACUGAUGCGAUUGUUUUUGUUCUGGUGCAUCGUUUAUAAUAUUUGCCAAGCAAACAGAGGGAACAAACAGAAAUUGCAUUGCAUAUACACAAAAGGACUUUUAAGUGCGAAAGCAUAUAUAUAUUUAUAUAAUAAUUUUCUACAUCAAUUUGAUUACAGAAAGAAGAACUUUUGAACUGUAAUUAUGCAUAAAUGUUACAGAGAUUUAAAAAAAAGAUUAAACUUAUACUAAGUUAAAUCACAGUUUACAAUGAAAAGACAAGUAUGUUAAGGUAUAUAUAUAUAUGUGUGUGUGUGUGUGUGUGUGUGUACGAAUACAUGUCAGUGUGGCACAGAUAGUGAAUUAACUCUGGCUAAAGAAUGAAUUCAAUGCAACUUUUUC